AUGAAUUGCGACAUUAUUACAAACGCCAAACAUAAGGUAGUGUUGGAAGAUCAAGUUUAUAAGGACAAGGGAACUUUAAAGGCUGUGAUGACGCAAUACGCUAUUGAUCAUAGAUUCCAAUGGAAAACGGACAGAUCGAGUCGAAAAUGUUAUACACUUGUUUGUGUCUCUGAUAAUUGUGGGUGGGUGUUGAAGUCGUCAAAUGAUCACACGUGUCCAUUGAAAGAUAAGGUCUAUGAACAACGUCAAGCAACAAGCAAUCUUAUUAGAGGUAUGAUACAACCCAAGUUAGUUGAUCAUAAAAGAAAGUUGACGCCAAAGGAUAUACAACAAGAUGUCAGCUUAGCUCUUAGAGUAAAUGUAUCAUACUCAGUGGCGUGGAAGGCUAAAGAAAAGGCUGUAAUUUCUUUAUGGGGUACCCCAUCUGGUUCUUAUGGUAAACUUUCGAGCUACUUAUACGUAUUGGACGCUACCUACCCUGGAUCUCAUAUAAGGAUGAAGAAAACCGAUGAAAAUCAAUUUCUUUAUCUUUUUAUUUCGCUCUUCCCAUUCAUAAAAGGUUUUGAGUUUUGUAAACCAAUUGUCAUAGUUGAUGGCAGCCACCUCAGGGGGACUUACAAUGGAGUAUUUGUUUCUGCAAGUACUGUUGAUGGAGCAGGAAAUAUAUUGCCGCUAGCAUAUGAAAUUAUUGAUUCAGAAAAUGAUGCAUCCUGCACUUGGUUUUUUGAACAGUUUAGAGAAGCGCAUGGCGUUAAAUAUAACAUGUGCGUUGUGUCUGAAUACGAAACGAAAGCUGUCGGAAGUUUUUAUGGGAUGACAAAGGCAUACAAACAAUCUGAAUUUGAUGAACUGAUGGAAAAGGUUGAACAAGUUGAUGUUCGUGUAAAAAAUUACUUGGAAUCAACAUGUUAUGAAAAAUGGGCUAAGGUGUAUGCAACAGUUGAUCGAGGAAUGGUUAUGACAUCAAACAUAGCUGAGUGCAUAAAUGCUUGUCUAUUUGAAGCAAGGGAAUUACCGGUUGUGCCAUCAAAUAACUAUGUGUUUAGUGUUCAUCACGAAGGUAGAACCUACAUUGUUUGUUUGGAAAAUAAAACUUGUACUUGCAAGAGGUUUCAAAUAGAUGAAAUACCAUGUUCGCACGCUUGGGCUGUUUUAAAGAAGAAACAUUUUGAUGUUGCGCCAUAUUGUUCCGACGUGUACAAGCCAAGUAACUUGUUAGAUACAUAUAGCAUUCCAAUUCGUCCGUUACCUGAUCAAAAAGAGUGGAAUGUACCUGGGUAUAUUAAGGACCAGAUGGUGCAGCCUCCAAAUCAUAAAAAGCUCCCUGGAAGGCCAUCCAAAAAGUAUCGUGACAGGACGUAUAGCGAGCUAUAUGGUAAGAAGAGAAAGAAUUCUUGCAGUACGUGUGGGUUUAAAGGGAACAAUAGGCGUUCAUGUAGGAAUGGACCGCGUAUUGUGUAG